GAGAGAGAGAUUAGGAAAGGGAAAGGGUUGGGUUAAAUGUGGAAGACACAUUUCAGUUGAAUGCAUUCAGUUGUACAAUUGACUAGGUAUCAUUACACCUGCUGCCUGUCAUGGAGGAGAAAUUCCAUCUUGGAUGUGGACUCGAUCAAUGGUUAAAUAUUGACUAUGAGAAAACGAAAUCAAUUAAUUUUUUGAGAAAAUUGUAGUCAUAUCAUCAAAGACCUAAAAAAAGCCUUAAUGUUUUAGUGAUUAAUUUGUAUGCUACUUAUGAUAUUCAUAUUAGUUAUAAAGUGUUAAUAAGGAAGGUAAUAACAGCAAUUUUUUUCAACAACAUUGGGUUACAAAUCGGCUGACUUUAUCUAAGCACAGAAUUUUCUGUCGUCAUGUAAUUUAACCUUCUGCCGCCGAGCGCGUCCCUGCCUUUAAUAAGUUUCUAGGCUGCCAUCCCCUUUAAAGGACUACAUUUUUUCUUUAAUCCUGAAUUGAUGGCUUAAAUACGGAGACAGAUAGUGAACAGAGAAAGCCCAGUGAGAUUAAUGUGAAAGGAUUUGCAAUAUAGUUCUUAUUUUUAAAAGAAUCAACACUAGGCUUUUAAAAUCACCACAAGUCGACGGAUUCUCCUUUUGUAUACUACUACUGUUUCAUUCAAACGGUUGCUAAUUGAUCUGACGUUACUAUGGAAAUCAUUUUGGAAUGAAGCUGAAACACCAUUGAAAAUGUAAACAAGUUCGCGUGUAUUUAUUUUUAAUAUAUAAACAUGUAAACUUGGAGAGAUUUCUAUUGGGAUAUAAACGUGGAAUAAACAGUGAAAAAAGUGAACUCCUGUCUGAGGAUAAUGCAUUUCUCUGCGAUCAGCUGAAGGCAACAAUCCCCGACAUGUAUGAGGACAAUCGCAAAAACAAUGGCCGGAACGGGUACACCAACACAGACGAAGGAGAGGAGGGUGGAGGAGAGGGAGAAGAGGGAGAAGAGGAGGAGGAGGAGGAGGAGGGAGGAGAGGGGGAUGAGGGAGGGGAGAAGAAAGGAGACGCGGAGUGGACGGAGGACGGUAUGGCCGACAACGGAGGAGUGAAGAUGACGAGGACGGACACACUCCACUCUACGACCAGUUCCACGGGGACCCAGAGGAAGAAGAGCCAUCAUAAUAAGAAAGUGGUACAGGGUUCUGACAAGGUCCAGAGAGCGCCCAGAGCCCUUUACUGCCUCAAACUCAACAACCCCAUACGCAGGGCCGCGCUCUCCAUCGUAGAGUGGAAACCCUUUGACAUCUUCAUCCUGAUAGCCAUCUUUGCCAACUGUAUAGCGCUGGGGGUGUCCAAGCCUUUCCCCGAGGAAGACUCCAACUCUACCAACCACGAUCUGGAACAAGUGGAAUAUGUGUUUCUGAUUAUCUUCACCAUCGAGACCUUUCUGAAGAUCUUGGCUUACGGCUUAGUGAUGCACCCCAGCUCCUACAUUCGCAACGGAUGGAACUUGUUGGACUUUGUCAUUGUCAUCGUCGGGCUGUUCAGUGUUGUCCUGGAGACGAUGACCCAUAAGGCCACUGGGGAGGCUGCGUCGACCCACCAUGUGCCAGGGAAGCCUGGAGGUCUGGACGUCAAAGCUCUCCGAGCCUUCAGAGUACUGAGGCCCCUACGGCUGGUCUCAGGAGUACCUAGUCUUCAGAUCGUAUUGAACUCCAUCAUGAAGGCCAUGCUGCCUCUGCUCCACAUCGCCCUGCUGGUCCUGUUUGUCAUCAUCAUCUAUGCCAUCAUUGGCCUCGAGCUGUUCAUAGGACGGAUGCAUAAAUCCUGCUACUACAUCGGCACAGACAACUAUGCAGAGGAUGACCCUGUGCCCUGUGCAUUUGCGGGUCACGGCCGUCAGUGUGUUGUGAACGGGUCUGAGUGUCGAGGAAAGUGGGCUGGACCCAACGGAGGAAUCACCAACUUUGACAAUUUCUUCUUCGCUAUGCUGACGGUGUUCCAGUGUAUCACUAUGGAGGGGUGGACCGACGUACUCUACUGGAUGAAUGAUGCCAUCGGGUUUGAGAUGCCCUGGGUUUACUUUGUCAGUCUGGUGGUUUUUGGCUCCUUCUUCGUCCUCAACCUGGUUUUGGGUGUGUUGAGUGGAGAGUUCUCCAAGGAGAGAGAGAAGGCCCAGGCGCGAGGGGACUUCCAGAAGCUGAGAGAGAAGCAGCAGAUGGAGGAGGACCUGUCUGGAUACAUGGACUGGAUCACACAGGCUGAGGACAUGGAUGAGUUUGACGAGGAUGGUAACAGACUUGCGACCCUGGGGGAUCUGUCAGACAAGAAGAAAGGGAAGUUUGGCUGGUUCAGUCACUCAAACGACACACACGCAAGUCUGCCAGCCAGUGAGACAGCCUCUACCAACACGGAGAAUAUAGAUGAGGAACACACUGAUUGCUGUGCCGCCUGCUGCGCUCGAAUGAUGAAUAACAGCUGCUGUCGAACGUUGCGGCGGUGGAACCGGGUGUGUCGGAGGAACUGCCGCGUGGCGGUCAAGUCGGUGACGUUCUAUUGGUUAGUUCUGUUUCUGGUGUUCCUCAACACCAUCUGCAGCGCCUCGGAACACUACGACCAGCCAGAUUGGCUCACAGAGGUCCAGGACAUAGCCAACAAGGUUCUGCUGUCUCUGUUUACGGUGGAGAUGCUGUUGAAGAUGUAUGCUCUGGGGACGUCUCAGACCGGCUACUUCAAAGCCUUUUUCAACCGUUUCGACUUCUUCGUGGUGUGUGGAGGCAUCACGGAGACCACUCUGGUGGAGCUGGAGAUCAUGCCGCCUCUCGGCAUCUCCGUGCUUCGCUGUGUCCGACUCCUCAGGAUAUUUAAAGUGACACGUCACUGGACAGCUCUGUCCAACCUGGUGGCCUCUCUGCUCAACUCGAUGAAGUCUAUCAUGUCCCUUCUCCUCCUGCUCUUCCUUUUCCUGAUCAUCUUCGCUCUGCUGGGCAUGCAGCUGUUCGGAGGGAAGUUCAAUUUCGACGAGACCCAGACCAAGAGGAGCACCUUCGACACCUUCUCCCAAGCCCUGCUUACCUGCUUCCAGAUUCUAACAGGUGAGGACUGGAACUUAGUGAUGUACGACGGCAUCAUGGCGUACGGAGGGCCUGUCUUCCCUGGCAUGAUCAUCUGUAUCUACUUUGUCAUCCUCUUCAUCUGUGGUAACUAUAUCCUGCUGAACGUCUUCUUGGCUAUCGCUGUGGACAACUUAGCAGGAGGAGACGGUGACACGAAGAAAGAAGAGAAGAAAGAAGAGGGGGAAGCAAAGGAAGGGGAGGGAGAGAAUGGAGAACUGAAGAUUGACGUUGAUGAUGAGACUGAGUAUGAGGAAGAGGAGGAGCCUGAACAGACAGAAGAGGCGGCAGUAGGCAUCCAGCUGAACGUAGCAGACAUCCUCCCUCCAAAGGAGAAGGUUACACCAAUCCCAGAGGGCAGCGCCUUCUUCUGUCUCAGCAAGACCAACCCGAUCCGUCGGGGUUGCCACUUCCUGAUCCACCACCACAUCUUCUGCAAUCUCAUCCUGGUCUUCAUCAUCCUCAGCAGCUGCUCUUUGGCCGCAGAGGAUCCCAUCAGAGCACACUCCUUCAGGAACAAUGUUCUGGGCUAUGCAGACUAUGCCUUCACCUCUAUAUUCACCGUGGAGAUUAUACUGAAGAUGACGGUUCAUGGAGCGUUCCUCCACCAAGGUUCAUUCUGUAGGAACUGGUUCAAUCUGUUGGACCUCCUGGUGGUCUCUGUGUCUCUGAUCUCCUUCUUCCUACAUUCGAGUGCCAUCUCUGUGGUCAAGAUUCUCAGGGUACUCAGAGUACUCAGGCCUCUACGAGCGAUCAACAGAGCCAAAGGACUGAAGCAUGUGGUCCAGUGUGUGUUCGUAGCGAUCAAGACCAUCGGUAACAUCAUGAUCGUCACUACUCUACUACAGUUCAUGUUCGCCUGCAUCGGAGUCCAGCUCUUCAAGGGUAAAUUCUACCGCUGUACAGACGAGGCCAAACACACGCCGGAGCAGUGCAAGGGAACCUUUGUGGUGUAUAAGGAUGGGGAUGUGAGCCACCCCAUGGUGAGAGAGAGGAUCUGGCACAACAGUGACUUCAACUUUGACAACGUCCUGAUGGGCAUGAUGGCUCUGUUCACAGUGUCCACCUUCGAGGGCUGGCCAGCACUCCUGUAUAAGGCGAUUGAUGCUAAUGGAGAGAACCAUGGUCCUGUCUAUAACUACCGUGUUGAGAUCUCCAUCUUCUUCAUCGUCUACAUCAUCAUCAUCGCCUUCUUCAUGAUGAACAUCUUCGUGGGCUUCGUCAUCAUCACCUUCAGAGAGCAGGGAGAGUCUGAAUAUAAGAACUGUGAGCUGGACAAGAACCAGAGACAGUGUGUAGAGUUUGCUCUGAAGGCCCAGCCAUUGAAGCUGUACAUUCCAAAGAACCCAGUGCAGUAUAAGUUCUGGUCGUUCAUCCAGUCCACAGCGUUUGAAUACGUCAUGUUCGUUCUAAUUCUCCUCAACACUGUCACUUUGGCGGUUCAGCACUAUGAGCAGUCCAAGGUGUUCAGUCAUGUGAUGGACAUCCUCAACAUGGUCUUCACUGGUCUCUUCACUGUGGAGAUGCUGCUCAAACUGCUGGCUCUACGACUCAGGCAUUAUUUCAUAGAUGCCUGGAACUCUUUUGAUGCUCUGAUCGUAGUGGGCAGUGUCGUGGAUAUUGUGGUGACGGAAUUCAGCAGCUCUGAUGACAGUUCCAGAGUGUCCAUCACGUUCUUCCGUCUGUUCCGAGUGAUGCGAUUGGUCAAACUGCUGAGCAAGGGGGAGGGAAUUCGGACGCUGCUCUGGACCUUUGUCAAGUCCCUCCAGGCCCUGCCUUACGUUGCCCUUCUCAUCGCCAUGAUCUUCUUCAUCUAUGCGGUCAUCGGCAUGCAGACGUUUGGGAAGAUAGCCAUGCAGGACUACACUCAGAUCAACAGGAACAACAAUUUUCAGACAUUUCCUCAAGCUGUACUGGCUCUAUUCAGGUGUGCUACAGGGGAGGCGUGGCAGGAGAUCAUGCUAGCCAGUCUGCCAGGUAAACGGUGUGACCCAGAGUCAGACUACCUGCCUGGCGAAGAGUUCACCUGUGGAAGCAACUUCGCUAUAGUCUACUUCAUCAGCUUCUUCAUGCUGUGUGCUUUCCUGAUUAUCAACCUGUUUGUUGCUGUCAUCAUGGACAACUUUGACUAUCUAACCCGUGAUUGGUCCAUUCUGGGGCCUCAUCACCUGGAUGAGUUCAAGAGGAUCUGGUCGGAGUACGACCCUGAGGCCAAGGGUCGUAUUAAACAUCUAGAUGUCGUAGCUCUGUUGCGAAGGAUCCAGCCUCCUCUGGGCUUCGGAAAGCUCUGUCCUCACCGCGUGGCGUGCAAGCGUCUGGUGGCCAUGAACAUGCCUCUAAACAGUGACGGCACUGUAACCUUCAACGCCACUCUGUUCGCCCUGGUCAGAACUGCCCUGAAGAUCAAAACGGAGGGUAACCCGGACCAGGAGAACGAGGAGUUGAGGACCAUUAUAAAGAAGAUCUGGAAAAGGAUGAAGCCCAAGGUUCUGGACGAGGUCAUCCCCCCACACGAGGAAGAGGAUGUGACGGUUGGUAAGUUCUACGCAACCUUCCUGAUUCAGGACUACUUCAGGAAGUUCAGGAAGAGAAAAGAGCAAGGAGAUCUGGAAGAGGGCGACCCAAACAACACCUCUGCUGCUCUACAGCUGUGUCAGGCGGGUCUGCGUACACUACAGGACCUGGGGCCGGAGAUGAGGAUGGCCAUGUCAGCUGACCUGGAGGAGGAAGAGGAAGAGGGCAUGGAGGAAGAGCCAGAGGAAGAUGAGUCUCCCUAUAAGACUGAUAAUGGCUAUGCCCCUGAGGGUAAGGACAGACGUGGCUCCAUGGUCACCACCCUUACUGGACGAGGAGGUAUGCCCAGGGAGAGUCUCUCCAACGGGGGUCUGGCUCACCGAGGUUCCACCUCCUUCUCCAAGACCCCCAACGGAGGAGGCCUGGAGCAGGAUGAGCUGAGACGAGGAGACAACAUGAGGUCCUCGCUCAACCAUCAUCAUCGUCAUUCUUCCAUUAAGAACGGACUGGUGGACCAACCGGCCAUGAGCAGAAGGAAUUCUAACAAGUAUUCAAGAAGAGACAGCAGAGGAGACAGGUAUUCUCCUGUCCGAGGUCGUAACGGAGGGAUGGAUGGAGGAGAGGAGAGUUACGGAGGAGAGGAAGGUUACUACGAUGAGGAUAACGAGAGCCUUGAUCCUCGUGACAGACUUCGUUACCCUGACGACCCUCCUCUGUACCCUGGUCAGCAUGACCACAUGUACGACGCCCACGCCCCCAGCAACGCUGCCUACGGUAAUAACUAUGGCAACGGGAACGGGAAUGGCUAUGGAGAUGGACGGAGGACCGCGAGGAGACGCCUCCUCCCCGCCACACCUACCGGUCGUAAACCAUCCUUUAAUAUCCAAUGUCUGAGGAGGCAGGACAGCAAUGAUGACCUCCCCAUCCCAGGAACCUACCACCAGAACUCUCCCCCCUGCCGGGCACGCACACAGGUCACUACACAGACGUACGGCAGUUACGAGUCCCGUCGCAGCAGCAGCCGUUCCUCAACAGGUUCCUCUGCCUCCUGGGCCAACCCUUGCCCUCGCCGAGGUCGCCUCCUCUAUGCCCCUCUCAUCCUGGUCGAAGAGGAAGGGGCGGGGGGCAGCGGCGGCUCCGGGAUCUGGGGGGACAAGACGGGUGGAGGGGCCAACGUGACGGCUGCCACCUCCCGACCUGGCCCUGCGGGGUGGUACACGGGGCCCCCUUGUCCCUCAGGAGGUUCCCAGGCACCAUACAGGGCCUAUACCACACUAAGGGUCCCCACUCAGCUCAGCCCUCACUACAGCGACAAGAGAGGCAGCGCUGACAGCCUGGUAGAAGCCGUGCUGAUCUCAGAGGGGCUGGGUCUGUAUGCCAAGGAUCCCAAGUUUGUGGCCUUCGCCAAACGGGAGAUUGCUGACGCGUGUCACAUGACAAUUGACGAGAUGGAGAGUGCGGCCAGUGACCUGCUGAGUCGGGGAAGCAGGGGCGGAGGGGGUGGCGGUUUCCUGAACAAUCCCGACCUUGGAACCCUGUACAGCGACGAGGAGCCAAUCAGAACGGGCCGCGACGAGGAAGACCUGGCGGACGAGAUGACCUGCGUCACUUCCUUCUGAUCUGGACGACGGUCGAUCAAUUAAUCAAUCGAUCGAUCGUGAUUGAUUGAUUGAGUUUAUUGUGAUCAGGAGCAGACCAGACUUACUGGGCACGAGGGAGACAGAGGACAACUGAGGGACAGAUGGAUGGAGGACAGAUAUGGAGCUGGACAGACAGACAAGAGGUUGUCCAGUCCAGUGUCCUUAGUCCCUCCAUCUUGACUAUAGACAGAUAUAUAUUAUAGGCCUCUAGGCUUUACAGAGAAUGGACCCAAAGGGACUAGAUGGAAAUGUGAGACAGAGGAUGGACCGAAGGGACUAGAUGGAGAUGUGAGACAGAGGAUGGACCGAAGGGACUAGAUGGAAAUGUGAGACAGAGGAUGGACCCAAAGGGACUAGAUGGAGAUGUGAGACAGAGGAUGGACCCAAAGGGACUAGGUGGAGAUGUGAGACAGAGGAUGGACCCAAAAGGACUAGAUGGAGAUGUGAGACAGAGGAUGGACCAAAGGGACUAGAUGGAGAUGUGAGACAGAGGAUGGACCCAAAGGGACUAGAUGGAGAUGUGAGACAGAGGAUGGACCCAAAGGGACUAGAUGGAGAUGUGAGACAGAGGAUGGACCAAAGGGACUAGAUGGAGAUGUGAGACAGAGGAUGGACCCAAAGGGACUAGAUGGAGCGACAGAGAAAAAGGUGAAAGAAGAGAAAGAUUUUUUAAAAAGAGACAGAAAGACGUGAGAGAUGACCUCCCCAAAGGCACGCUAUAUAGUGCACUGCUUUUUGACCAGGGCCCAUAGGGACUAUGGACGAUGUAGGGAAUAAGGGGGGCAUUUGGGAAGCAAACAAAUAUGUGGGUGAGGUGAGGAACCGAUUCGGGAAGGUGGAUGAUCUUAAGGAUGAGUUGUGUGUGUGUGUGGAGAAGAUCACAUUAAUGGAAGAAUAGAAUAUGAGAGAUGGGGAGAAAGAGAGAAGAGAGAGGAGAGAGAGAGAUGGGGGAGAGUGUGACUCAGUGUGUCUGCUGGGUGAGUCAGUGAGUAGCACUCUCAGAUCAUGAACACAUUUGCAUCAAAUUGUGUUGGUCUCUAAUAACAGACUCCUUUAAGAUAUUUGUACUGCGCAUCAUGUUGUACAUGCACAUUAUCUUGAUGGAUAUACUGUACAAUGUUUUUCAUUUUCAGCUUUAGAUUAUUUUUGAUUUGAUGAAAGAACUGAAAUUGUGAAAUACUUUUAAAAAACAAAGUUGUUAGUGUUGUCUUGUCGUCGUGAUGCGUCUACUACCAGGGUCGGUUGGGCUCAAUUCAGUUUUCAAUUCAGUCCAUUUAAAUUAAAUUCAUGAAUUGAAAAUUUUCUGCAUUGUUUUCUAUGAGAAUUUUUCAAUUCCUGAAUUAGAAUUAACUAGCCUGAAUUGGCAGAAUUAAAACCUGAAUUGGCUGAAUUAAAACCUGAUUUGGCUGAAUUAAAACCCGAAUUGGCUGAAUUAAAACCUGAAUUGGCUGAAUUAAAACCUGAAUUGAAACCACCACUCGGUUAUUCUUCUCCUUGUGUUAGAUAUAACGUCUAUGUUGCUUUCUGUUUGAAAACAGAUCACAUCACGUCUGUUGUUUUAUUUUUUUGAUGUUUUUCCAUGGUGUCGCUGUGCUGUGCCCCAAAUUACACCCCAUUCCCUAAAUAAUGCACUACUUCUGACCAGGGCUCUGGUCCAAUGUAGUAUCAAAUAGGGAAUAGUGUCCCAUUUAGGACACAGUCUCUGAUUGCUGUUUUUAAUAAUGAUAGUAAUUUCAUUUCAAGCAACAACAAAAAAUGUUCUUCUUUUUUAAAUGUAUUUUUAUUUCUAUCCUGGACGUGCAGGGUUUAUAAGCAGCUGAAAAUACAAAGUGCUCAUUUUAUUCUGGCAUUAAUAACUUAAUUGCAUGUUUUAUCAGCUCAUGUAGACUAAAACAAACGUUCAUUUGAAAUGUCAUUGCUCAUUGUCGAAAGCAUCCAUGUUUUUAUUCAGAUUUCUAUAAUUCUAUAUGAAUCUAAUACAAUUAAUUCAAAUGUCAUAUCGAUAAACACAAAAUG